AUGAAAGCCAAACGCGCCAAAAAAUCCCGCAAGCUCAUGCAACAAUACGCCCUGACCUUCGGCCUGCGCGAACCCUACCAAGUCCUCCUCGAUGCGGCCAUCAUCCGCGAAGCCGCGCGCUGCAAAAUGCACCUCGGCAACAUGCUCGCCUCCACGCUCCAAGGCGCCAUCAAACCCAUGAUCACGCAAUGCUGUAUCCGCCACCUCUACUCCCUGCCCACCACCACGGAGGCGGAGCGGAGGGAGAAGGAAAUCUGCAUCGAAGUCGCGAAGGCGGCGGAGAGGCGGCGGUGCGGACAUCACGAGUUGGAGACGCCGUUGGGGACGGGGGAGUGUCUGCGGGAAGUGGUGGAUCCGAAGGGGGCGGGCGUGAAUCGGCACCGGUAUGUGGUUGCGUGUCAGGAUGGGGAGGUGCGGAGGGCGAUGAGGAGGGACGUGGUCGGGGUGCCGUUGGUGUAUGUGCAUCGGAGCGUGAUGAUUUUGGAGCCGAUGGCGGGGAGGAGUGAGGAGGUGAGGGAGGCGGGGGAGAAGGGGAAGAUGAGGGCUGGGUUGGUGGGGAGGCGGGAGAAGCGGAAGAGGGAGGAAGAUGGCGAUGGAGGGGAUGAUGGUGGUGCUGCGGGGGAUGGGGCGGUGGCGAAGAAGCGUAAGGUCAAGGGUCCGAAGGGUCCGAAUCCGCUGAGUGUGAAGAAGGCGAAGAAAGAC